AUGAUUUUUCGAAGCAAAGUGACGUUACUGGCAGUCCUAUCCAUAAUCUACUUGUUCUUUUUCGUCAUCCCUCGACUAUCAUCCGACAUUGACGACCCCGAUCUUGUUGAACCAUCCUGGCGAUGGCAGUAUACACGACCGGCAACAUUACCUUCUUAUCGAGCAGCACCUCCUCCACCCACCGAUGCCAUUGUAGAAAGUAGUAUAUACACUUUAUCGAAUCAACCUGACAAUGACGAUAACAACAAUGUCGUCGACGACGAGCAGCAGCAACAACAACAACCAACACCCACACCACCUAUUGAACAAGAGCAACAACAGGAUGAUGCACAUUCAUAUGAUCCAAAUGAAAAGUUUAUUACAUUCUUUACUCAUAGUGGAUUCCAGAAUCAACUUAUUCAAGUGGAGAAUGGCAUCUUGUUGGCAUGGUACCUGAAUCGCACAUUGAUCCUUCCUCGAGCGUUGCUGGGAGAGGCGUUUGGCUGGAGCUAUUUUGGGAAAUUACACCUGGAACAUAUGUUACACGACCCUGUCAAGGAAAAUGAUUCAACGAUGCCCGCCACUGAUAUUUGUGAAUUCCUUGCUGACGACCUUGCAUUUUGGGAUGUGCCUUGUCCUGAUCGAUCACGUCAUUCGGUUGUGCCCUUUGAUGAAAUCUUUGACUUGUCAUGGGCCAAGGAACAUGUACGCAUUGUAUUACGAGAACGUUCGGAUUUCGAUUGGUUGGAUGAAAAGUAUCAUAUUCGUCGUGCGGGUGUUCCUGAUCAAGGCAAUGGCUCUUAUGUCGAUGGUGACAUUUUAUUCUUUAAAGGAGCGACACGGUACGACUGGCGCAUCUUUGAUACACCACGCAAGUCGCACCGACUGGGCAAAUACGCUGAAAGCCUUGAUAUUUUCGAAUUGCGCAAGCGACAAGAAAAGCUGAUUCAUUUCUCGAGUCUCUUUGGUACUGGCAAGUUACCUAUUCGACGCCCUGAACAUUAUGAAUUCCUUCGUACGCUUCAACGGAGCAUCACGUAUCGACAUCCUGCUGUGCUGGCCGUAGCAGAACAAAUUGUGGAAACAUUGGGUGGACAAGGCAACUUUAUUGGAUUACAUGUCAGAUCGGGUGAUGGAUGGUUUGUCAAGGCAUUGCCGGAAAAUAUUUACAGCAUCGUAUCUCAAAUCGGCAAAGCGUUGGAAUCCCGCAGCACCAGUCAACAACAACAGCAAAAAGUCAUCACACCAACAUCAUCGCCACCUAAUUUGCAACAAUGUUUGACCAUGGCAAAAAGCGGUGAUGCUACCAUGAUUUACCUUGCUACCGAUGCACGGUUGCCCCGCGACAAUCCAGCAUUUGCCCCGAUAUGGCAACGGUAUCCUUGCACAUUUACAUUGGAUGAAGUGAUUUCAUUGGAAGCAUGGGAUGCAUUGGAUCGUGUCUUGGAUCCCAACACAGGCAACAGCAUGCGCAAAUUCUUGCUUCCUUUGGUGGAUGCUUCAGUCGCAAGUCGUGGAUGGUUCUUUAUUGGAAGCAAAGGAUCCACCUUUUCUGGUUACAUUUAUCGAUUGCAUGAUGUGUUUUGGUCUAAUGCCAAAAAACAACAACUCAUUGACCCAUCUUCUUCUUCAUGA